AAAAUAUUUGAAAGCGAAAAGACAUUGUGCAAUUAUUGCUUAAUGGAAGUACUUAUUUAAUUGUUUAUUUUAACAACAGAUGUUUAAAUUACGUAACUUGAAAUGAACUGCGUGGGUGAUAUUUAUUUUUGGCGGCAGAGCUUAGUCCUGAUGGCGGACUGCACGCACUCCAUUGGAACUGGUUUGAUGUUGUCGUUCCCGGCUGUCUUGAAUCCUAGCAUCUUAUCUCCUAGUAGCACUGAAAUAUCUGUCACACCGGACGAAGCUUCUUGGAUUGCCGCGAGUCAUGGAUUUUCCGGUGUCAUCGGAUUUUGUAUAAUUCCACCACUUAUGCAAAUAUUUGGGCGUAAAUUCGCAUUCUUCUGCAUGAACAUCUUAGUUAGUAUCGGUUUUUUCGUGUUUGCCCUCGCGAACAGCAUAUCGGCCCUAUACGCUGCAAGAAUUAUUCAAGGAAUGUCAUUAUGCGGAGUUUAUAUUACUGCUAUUGUACUUGGAGAGUAUUCUCACCCAAAAAGAAGAGGAUAUUUCAUAACACUAAAAAAAGCUUCGGUUGCGAUAGGUUCGCUCAUGUGUCACUCCAUGGCUUCAUAUUGGACUUGGAGACAAAUUGCGAUAUUUGCUAUCAUCCCUCAAAUCAUUUCAAUUAUAUUAACCUGUUUAUGGCCUGAAAGUCCAGCUUUUCUGGCGAUGAAGGGGAGAUAUGAAGAAUGCAGUGCAUCGUACGUUUGGUUGCAUGGUGAUACUCCGAAGAAUAGGAAAGAUUUGGAAGAAAUCAUAGCAGCGCAACAGGAUAGGCGGCAGAAGAAUAAAAAUACCAAAAAGGACAAAUUGGUAGCGUUUUUUAAGAAACUAAUGCAAAGGGAUUUUCUACGAUCUUUCGUAAUCGUAUCCGUUCUAACGAUGAUUAUUGAUGCGUGUGGUAGAUAUUACAUGCUUGCUUAUAUUGUUGAAAUAUUGAUAGAAAUAACUAGAGAUAAGUCUAUCGCUGUGUACUGUACUAUUGGCGCUGACGUUUUAACAUUGGUCGCGCUAUCAACUUCUUGUUUCAUUAUAAGAUGUUUUAAAAGAAGAACAAUACUGUUUACAGCGGGAAUAUUAUCAGUAUUUUUAAUGUUUCUAACAAGUUUUCUCACAUUUUUGGAAUCUAACUACCACAUUUAUAUUUACUUCUGGUUAACACCUUUUAUAAUACUCUUGAAUGUCUUCAUUGUUAAUGCUGGUGUUGUUCCGGUUUGUUUUGCAAUCAUCGGGGAAAUAUUACCAUUAGAACAUAAAGGUACCGGAGCAUGUACGACUGGCAUAGUUUUUACGAUUUUGUAUGCCCUUGUCAUGAAAUUAACUCCAUUGAUGAUGGACAAAACAGGCAUUGUGGGUACGUUUGGCAUUUACGGCAUAUGUGUAAUAGCUGGUUUGGUUAUUUUAUAUUUUAUUCUAAAUGAAACUAAAGAUAAGACUUUGCAAGAAAUAGAAAAUGAAAUUAAGGGAAAUAAGUCUUCUGUGUUUUUAAAAGAUAAGCCUUUGAUGUCAUGAGUAAUGAUAAAUAUUUUAGGCUGAAUAUAAAAAGGUUAAACUCUUGAAAUAUAUUAAAAGAACGGAAAGUUAGAAUUUUUUCAAAAGAUCUCCUUCGUCUCUUACAUCUUAACAUGGUCAUUUAUUUAUAGCAUUUGUUUCAAUAUGUACAUAUAUAUUUGACUAGCUCGUUGAUCUGUUUGCUAGCGUAUAAGGGUACAAAUACUAAGGUCCUUGGUCCCGAAUCACGCUAAUAAAAAUUUGGCAUUGAUAGCACCUCCGUGACUUUGAAAGAAAAUAGAGUACUACGUCUGAACUAAAUUUGCCGUCACUUGGAAGUACAGAAGAGAAGUAAAGUGCCCCUACACUUGAUGACGUCGUAUCACAGGUCAUCUGCUCGUUUGGAAAUUCUGAGUGGAAGAUUUAUACCGUGACAGAAGCCGAUCAGGACAUCACCAUAAUAUUUUAUUUUAGUUAUAUAUUUAUUAUGUUUUGAUCUUUUUUAUUAUUAAUCUACUAGUAAAACUGAUCUAAGAUAUAUUUCGAAAUCAGUCUUUAGUUAUAGCAAGAUGUUGACUAUCAGUUGUAACGAUUUAAUUUUAAGUCAUCUUUAGUGAUUUGCUAAUCACUUGAUAUGUUUCGUGAUUAAUCACUUAUCAUUGAAAACGGUACAAUAAUAAGUAUUAUAAGGUGUAUAAGUAGCUUGCACAAAGUCCUUUUGUGUAAACAAAAAUAUGUUUUAUUUGUGUAAGCUGACAUGAUAUAAUGUUUAUACGAUUUCGUUGGCUACAAUAUUAUACGCAUCGAAUCUAUGGUAUUUUUGUGUAUGACUUUAUUUAAGAAAUAUAAAUGAUAUUC